UCGAGUCAUGGGACAAGAUUUGUUCGCCUCACUGCAUUGUUCGCAACUGAAUCCGUCGAAUCUUCGGUCCAGCCACACUCUGCUCGGCCUCUCGAUUUCAGUCCUUCUCUUCUCUGUGUCAUAUUUUCUCUCUCUGUUCUUGUAUCCCCUCGUUCAAUCUCUCAUAUUUCUCGAGUACGAGUCUUACUAUCCAGUUCCCGCCACAACUUGCAGUGAAUCAUGCCCAAAUCAAAAUCCAAAACGCAACAAACCCUCCCUCUCACCACACGGACAACUCGUAUCCCAUCUACAUUCAGCGAUGGCCUCCCCUUACCGGCCCUCCUCGUCUUCGACCUCGACUACACACUAUGGCCCUUCUGGGUAGACACGCACGUCUCCGCGCCCGUGAAACCCGCCAGCCCAGCAGGCCAGUAUAACACACGCAUGCUCGACCGGGACGGCGAGUCCUUUUCCUUUUACGACGACGUCCCCGCAAUUCUAGCUGCCGCGAAAGAGCGCGGCAUCCCCAUGUCGCUGGCGAGUCGGACGCAUGCGCCCGAUCUGGCUAGGGAUAUGCUGAGGGGGCUGCAUGUGCCGAGUAGUACGGAGAAGAACACUUCUCAACAAAAUCCACAAGCACUGGACAACAACUCUGAUGUCGACGAUGUCGAUGACAACGACGAACAGCACUUUCCCACACAAGGCGCUCUCCAAAACAAUCCCAACAACACCAACAUCUCUACUCUCUCCCCCCGUCGCGCCGUCGACUUCUUCAUCCACUCCCAGAUCUACCCCGGCACCAAAACCACACACUUCCGACGCAUCCGGGCCGCGAUGCAAAAGGCCGGCACGCCCGUCGAUUUCGAGGACAUGGUGUUCUUCGACGACGAGAGUCGGAAUCGGAAUGUCGAGACUGAGUUGGGAGUGACGUUCUGGCUGGUUCGGGAUGGUGUUACUAGCGAUGAAGUCGAUCGUGGGAUUUGGGAGUGGCGGAAGCGUAAGGGCUUUGCACAAAAGAAGUGAUAAUGCUAUCGUGAUACUAUUUCACUGGUGGAACGAAAAGAAAGAAAGAAAAGACAACACUGCUAUUGAACUGACCGGAUGGCUGGAUGUUCAUCCACUCACUAUCGGGUUUCGAUGACAUGGAUCGAUUAUUCCUGACGUCUUGAUCAUAUAUACGACAUUUUUUAUCGUUCACGUUCCAUGAACUCGGUUGCAAAUCGGGUUGGUCGAAAAGAAGGAAGGCACUCUCUUUCCUGUUGCAUGUGGCAUACUAUACCAUAUUAUAGCAUGGUGUUGGGGACAGGGGAAAAAAACAUGGGACCUCAGGUUGAAGGUGGAUUUCAGUCUGGGCCGGGCUCGCCCAUAGAAGGCUUGUAGCAUCGCGCACCGUUGAGAUAGAAAGAGAUAGAAUCCAAAAAAUUCGUCGCCGAGCCAUUGUGGGAGUGACGGCGGCUUUCAACCGCCUCCCUCCUGCCGCAUACAGUCACAGAAAUACACCAACAACAGGCGGCCAAUGAAAUAACUACAAGAGAAAAGAAAAAAAAAGCGAAUCCAAAAACUCAAGGGCAUGUUACAAUCAUGGCGGCUUGUGGUUUCUGUACUCAAAAGCCCUAUUGUACACUAACAAAUCCUUGCUCGUUCCGGCAGCUUGUAAGCCGGUAGGGUUCAAGGAUGCCUCUCCUUUCUCGGAUCUUUGCAAACCAGCCAUCACUCUUCCGAUGGGCAUCAAGUCCAA